AAAAAAUGAGCGAACAAGAGAUUAAGAAACCAUCUUCACAAACAACGAUUCAGGUUGGGGAUGUAAAGAUGGAAAAGACUGAAAAUACAAGAAGACAAAGCAGAAAUCCUUUCAAGAAACAUAAUAAUAAGGAGGCUGGUGAGCAGAUAUCAUCCUCUGAGAUUGAAAUGGUUGACCUUAGAGAACCUAAACCAUCCUUCAAAGAUGCAUUCACAAUUUAUAAGAUUAUUGGUUGGAAUUGGCUUUUAAUUUUAAUUGGUAUGAUUGGAAGUGCAGGUAGUGGUAUCAUUCCUCUCAUGUUUCAAUUUAUAAUGGGUGAUGUCAUUACAGUUUUUGCCUCAACAACCAUGACAACAGCUGAAAAGAAAUCCCAAGUGAGUGUUUAUGCCAGUGAGUUUGCUGGAAUUGCAGCUGGUGCAGCUGUUGCCUCUCUUUUAUCCAACUUUUUCUUGAAUUAUGCAAGUGAAAGAAUUGGUAUUGCAUUGAGAACUGCUUAUUUUGAUGCAUUGACAGAUCAAGAAAUGGGCUAUUUUGAUGUUAAGAAAGUUGGUGCUGUUACUAAUACUCUCUAUGAGGAUUGUACAAAAGUUCAGGAAAUUUACACAACCAGAAUUUCAACCUUUGUUACAAGUAUUGCUCAAUUUGCAAUUGGUUUCUCAUUGUCCAUGUCUUCAUCUUGGAAACUCACACUUGUAAUGAUUUCAACCACUCCAAUCAUGAUAUUUGGUGUUUUUGUGUUGGGAGGUAUUAUUCGUAAAUUAACUACAAUGAUUAACAAAUCCAAUGACCACAGUGCAGCCAUGUUUACAGAAGUUUUGAGUUCAAUGAGAACUGUAAGAGGAAUGGCAGGUGAAGAAAAAGAAAGAGAAAAAUAUGGACGUGAUUUGAAAAAGAAGUUCUUGGCAGGUGUGGGAAAGGCCAUAGCACAAGGCUCCACCUUUGGUGUCAUGAUUGGUGUUCUUUGGGGAACUGUUGCACUUUGCUUCUGGUAUGGUGGUGGUUUAGUAGUUUCAUCUGAAUUGAACAUCGGAAGCUUGAUGAAGGUUAUUGGAUUGUCUUUGUUUUCAACAAUGGGCUUGAUUCAAGUUUUUGCAUUCUUCCCAGAUUAUACUAAAGCCAUGGUUUCUCAAAGAGUUGUUUUGAAAGUUUUAAAGAGAAAGGGAGCCAUUCCAAUUCAAGGAGGUAAAAAAAUUGAAACCAUUAAGGGUCAUGUCAGAUUUGAAAAUGUUGAUUUUAUUUAUCCUUCCCGUCCAAAUGUUACCGUUUUGAAGAAUUUCUCAUUGGAUAUUUCAUCUGGUCAAGCUGUUGCAUUAGUUGGUCCAUCCGGAUCUGGUAAAUCAACCAUUGUUGGUUUAUUGGAAAGAUUUUAUGACCCUGCCAAAGGAAAAGUUUACAUUGAUGAUGUAGAUGUUGCUGAGCUCGAUCCAAUGUGGUUGCACAAAUCUUGUUUAGGUAUCGUAACUCAAGAACCUGUACUUUUUGCAACAACAAUCUAUGGAAAUAUUGCCUAUGCUAUCGGUGAAGAAAAUGCAACAAUGGAAAAAGUUGUUGAGGCAGCUAAGGCAGCCAAUUGCCACAGUUUCAUAUCAGAUUUGCCAGAAGGAUAUAAUACCUUGUUGGGUGAGAAGGGUGUUUCAUUGUCAGGUGGUCAAAAACAAAGAAUUGCCAUUGCUCGUGCCUUAUUACAAGAUCCAAAGAUUUUACUCUUGGAUGAAGCAACCUCUGCAUUGGACACUGAAUCAGAAGCAUUGGUUCAAGCUGCUCUAGACAAAUUAAUGAAAGGACGUACCUCAAUUUGCAUUGCUCACAGACUUUCAACUGUUAAGGAUUGCAAUCAAAUUUGUGUAUUGGCUAAAGGUGAAUUGAGAGAGAAGGGAACACACAAUGAGCUCAUGGAAAUUUCUAAUGGUAUUUACAAAGGAUUGGCUGAAAAGCAAAUGUUGUUCAGUUCCACAACAGAAGAGGAAGAAGAGGAAGAUGAUGAGGAAGAAAUUCUUAUUGAAGAUAAGAGUUUGAAUAUUGUUGAUUGUUAAUUGAUGUAAAUAAAACCAAUAAUGUAAAUAAU